CUGGAAAGGCAGGAAGGAGGCCACCGGAAUGACCACACUGUGUCGCACUUGUGGCCUGGAGGCGGGGCACUCUAAGGCACUUUUCGAGAAGGAUAACAGCCGCAUCCUGUGCAAUAUCCACAAGCUGACAGGGAUUAGGUUGACUGAUCGCCCAGGAGUGCCCGAAAGAAUAUGUUUGUCCUGUGUGCUAGACCUAAAGGAAGCCAUUGCCUUUAGGGAGCGCUGCAUCAAGACCAUUACUUCAUUGUACAAUAGUCACGACAAACCUGAGGAUUUGGACUCUGACCCUGUCGAUGAGAGGAACAUUACUCAAAUAAAACCAAGGUUGGUUGUACCUAUCAAUACAACGACCAUCCAUAGGUUGCCCACCAAUAGGUUGACUAUUAAAACGGUGCCCACCAAUAAGUUGCCCAUCAGUACGGUGACCAUCAAUAAAAUGCCCACCAAUGCGAUGCCCAUGCCCAUCAAUAUGCUGCCUAUUAAAAUUGUGCCUAUCAAUAUCGUGCCCGUCAAUAUUGUGCCAUUGGAAAGCCUUUCGAGAUCAUUGAACCGGUAAAUUCCACCACAACGCAGCAAGAUAGUGGAUAAGGUUCCGGUUCAGACCAUUGAUGACCCUAUUUAUUCGUUGACUGCUCCGGAAGUCUCCUCUGCUGAUCUCGUGGAUCCCCUGAGGUGCGAGGACACUAUCUACGUAAAGAACGAACCCCUGCUUUCAGAUGAGGGACUGAAGAAUCCAAAUCUAGAAGUUACACUGGAGGAGCAAAUACAACUAGAAGUCAAAACCAAAGAAUCUAGAAUCCAACCAUUAAGAAGAUUUCCAUAUUCAGCAAGAAGAAAAAAAAGCAAACUAACUAAGACACGUAAGGCACCGUCCUUGGAGAAGAAGCCUAUCGAGAAAUCUUGUGAGAAAACGCCCAGCAAGGAAACUGAUGAGGAAGAGAGCUCACCAGAUUAUAUGAACAAUAAGUUGGAGGACCUCCUCCUGGCUGAGGAUUGUGUUAAAGCUCCAUCGGGCAGACGGAAAAAGACGGAAGCUGAAAAAGCUGCCACGCGAAGAAACUAUAGCGCGGCCAAAAGGGCUUACGCCCUGGAGCAUAGGCUUUUUUUCUGCGAUCAGUGCGGCAAAACCUUCGCUGAAAAUGAAUUUAAGGUGCAUCUUAAGACCCACACGGGGACCAAGGACUUCCAGUGCAAGGAGUGUGAUCGCAAGGAGUUAACCCAACACAUGCUCAAUUUGCACGUGCGGAUCAAGCAUCGCGGUGAGCUGCCCUAUGUGUGCAAGUACUGUGCCCAGCGUUUUGACAACUGUCUCAAGCGGUUGAACCACGAGCGAAACCACAAGGAGUACCCUAACCAAAAACCGCAUGUGUGCCCCAUUUGCAAGAAGGCCUUCAAAAAAAAGGGUUGUCUUAAGAACCACAGCGUGGUGCACACGGGUGAACAACCAUUCUAUUGCGAGGUUUGCCAGACGUAUUUCAAUCGCAGGAACGCCUUGUCCACCCACCGCAAGUCCAAAACUCAUCGGCUGAAAGCUGAGAAGCAGGCGGAGAAUCCUGAUGACCAAGAAACAACUGAGCUAGAGAAUGAUUAAAACAUUCUUCUCUAAAUUUUUUGUGUGCCACUAUUUAAACCAGCGGUCGGCACGGAAUACAAUGACAUUUUGUCUUUCAUUUGUGUAAGCAACUUGCAUGGGCCAUCUUAUCGAUGUAUAUGCGACGUCUGCUGUUAUACGCUGUAAGUGUGCAGGCAGAGGCUCAGCAGAGAUAUUCCCUAUGCCCUCUUAAUGGCUCGCUGCCGACCGCUGAUUUAAACUCAAAGGAUUGCUUAAAUUAGACUUUAAAAACUGUACAGGAGAACGAUUUACUCGAAUAAUUGUAAAAACUAACUUUUUCAUAAACCACAUUUCCAUUAGAAUAUUUUUGAAAUUGCAAUUAAGUGUCUUUGUGGUUUGAGAAUAAUAUGUUAUCGUUGAUAUCACUGCUCGUUAAAGAUAAAAAGAUGGUAGCAUUUAGAGAGUGAAAAAUAAAGCACUAAGAAAUAUA